CAUGCUCAUACACGUGUGUAAAAAUGGACUUUCGUGUCAUAAAAAUAGAAGAGGACGGUUUUGUAUGGGUGAGUCAAGCUUCCAUACAAAAGUUAAAUCAGUUGGAAGACAGCACAGCUGCUCUUGUGUCCAGACUUCUGCCUAGCAGAAGCCCUGAGGAGUUCAUUCCUAAGAGAGGAGACGUGUGUGCCGCAUUUUGGAAGGAGAAAUGGAGGAGAGGGGUAGUCGAGACGCUAUAUAAUUCAGCAAAAUAUAACAAAAUAGCUCAGGUUUUACUUCUGGAUCAUGGAGCCAUUGUUACUUUUCCGCUUGCUGAGCUAGUUAGCUUGCAGUCAUCAAGCAUCUCUAUAGAGCCUCCUCUUAUAAUGAAGUACCAGCUACACCCUCUCACUGCCUCUCCUGUUAAUCCCACUGAAGAGAAGCCUUGGUCAGAGUUUGUUGAAGAUAUAUUCGACCUAUUGUCUUUAACAAAUGACAGCUGGGGAUAUCUGACUAAAGGGAUCGUGAAUGAUGAUGGGACGAUACAUUUAUUCAACGAAGGACUUGACGUGAGUAUCAAUGACAUGCUAAAGAGAAGAGGUCUCCUUCAUAUCGAGGAAGGAGAGGAUGAAGACUUUACAAUUCAACAUAGAAUUCAAACUAAUGAAGAGAUUGUCUUAACUCCUUCUCCUUGUUCCUCUCCGCCCCCUCUUUAUAUUGAGUCACCAAACUAUCCACUAGAGAUGACAUCACCACAAGCUAGCACCUACAUGUAUAUGAAUACUCUCAAGAUUCCUCAUAGUCCUAGGUCAGCUUCUAAAGUAUAUAUUGAUGGUGCACAUAAUGAACAUGUCAUUUGGUCUUCCUUGGAAGAAACUCCUUUCAAUACUUCAAUAUGCAAAGAAUUACAAGAGAGAGGGUUCCGGUCCCCUACUUCAGUUCAGUCCAAUGGAUGGUAUUACGUGUGGAAUGGCAAUGAUACCAUACUCUGUUCACCUCAUCACUCGGGAAAGACACUGAGCUACCUCCUACCACUCCUAUCACUCUCUUGUAAGAGAGAGAAGGAAGAGAAGAAUAGUUAUGAGCCUGAGAUAAUAGUGGUGGCUGAUGAUAGCUAUAAGACGUGGAAUAUCACCGACCAAGCAAAAACUAUUCUCACCUGGUUUGAUGCUGCCAAGAGAUUUAGAACCUCAUUUCUUUUUGCUACUGUUGAAUCAGAUGCUCAUAUUCAGAUUUUAAAUGGAGUUGAUAUUUUAGUGGCGACACCCCCAGCAUUGACUCGUCUUGUGAAAAGAGAAAUAAUAGCAUUUAGAUCAACACGUCAUUUAGUUCUUGAUGAUCUUUGUCUAUUUGACAAGUUCCCAUCAGAAAUGAAUGAUCUGCUCUCUUGCUGCAUAGCAAAAGGAAAGCAGACAAAGAUUCCACUACAAUUGGUUGCCUGCUCUUCCACCUACUCUAAAAAUAAUUUCAAUAAUUUUUUGAGAUAUUCCAAGGCUCCUGUUACUGUAAUGACAGACAUCAUUGAAGUCCUGGCCAUGAAGAAAGUUAAGAUGAAUGUUUUGUUUUGUGAAGUUGAUGACGUACACAAGAAGUUGUUAUCAGUAUUGAAAGCUUCAUCUCAAUCAGGGCCUAAUGUAAUCUGUGUGAGCAAUGAGAAUGAAGCACAAAAAAUUCUACAAGUGUUUAGUUUGUAUUCUUUUCAAGUUAAUAUCUGGAGAAAGGAGGACAAUACUCACUCAUUCAGAAGUGUCACUGUUGUUCUUGACUCUUUCCUUACUGAACUAUUAUCAACUGGUACUAUUCCUCUCAUUACUCAUCUCAUCAGUUACUCUCUACCAACCAACAAAUCUACAUUCAAAAGACGUCUCUCCAUCCUCCUACCAUCUCUCAGCUCUCACUCCACUCCUUCUCUAUCAAUUUUAUUAACCCUCCAAUGCUUCAAUCAGAGUCACGCCAUUUUAAAAUUUUGUGAGCGGCUUCAAACUGAACCUCCUCCUCAGCUAGUGGCCAUGGGAACAAAGAGACAGAAUGAGAUUCGUAGGAACAAUCCAUUAUGGGGCGUGUGUCAUCAGAUUAAGUGUUACGGAAACUGUCGUAAAGCUGAUUGUAUUCAUGUUCAUUCGUUUGAGGAACUAUCUGACAUCAGACCAAGCAAGCUUUCACCAGCUUUAGUUCCUACUGAUGGAGUAGUAAAGGUUCUUGUUAAAACUGUCACUUCACCCUGUCACCUCUGGGUUCAGAUCAUUGACCACACCCCUCUCCAUCGUGGCCAGACCCCAUACAGGCCACCUACCCUCACUCUAUCUCAGAUCUCAAUGGAUCUUGGCUUUUAUUACAGUGAACCCAAUAAUCGUAUGCUGUGUGGCCAACCAUCAGUUGGUGACUACCUAUGUCUUAAUUCAGUCAGUGGUACCUACUAUAGGGCUUUAGUCCUGGAUUUCUCACAGCCUCUUGGUCUCUACUUUCAUCAUAAAGAGAAAGCCAAAGUCAGACUGGUUGAUACUGGUGAGGAGUGCAUUGUUGAUGUUAAUCAGCUCUACACUCUGCCCCUUUCCUUUUUGGAGACUCCUCCACUUGUUAUUGAAGCAUUUUUGUGUGGCCUCAUCCCACCAGAUAACGACACUGACUGGCCCCCACCAUCUGUUGGCACUGCUACAGAUAUGCUCCUAGGCCACACCCUAACCGGAGGAAUAACCUUUUCACUCCAAAGCUCAAUAUGGCUUGACCCAGUGGAGGAACGAUUGGAGUUACUUAGUAUGGGUGUGGUCACAGCUAUUGAUCGACCUGAAAGACGAUUCAUCAAAGAAGGAAUAUCACUCAAGAAUACUGAUCAUAUUAAUAUGCUAAAAAAUUGUUUAGUAGAUAAUAGCCAAGACUCUCAACCAUAUCUAUUAUUUAGAGAUAUGGUCACUGAAACUCCACCCAAUAAUAGUCCAGAAUUGCAAGUUAAACUAACUGCCAUUGAAUCCUUAAAUCACUUUUAUAUCCAAUUAUCAUCAGCAGAAAACAAUUUAAAAGAUAUAUCUGACAGACUUAACAGCAAUACACCCUGCCAGUCUCUAUUACGCUCACUUUGUUCGGUACCACCAGUGGAAGUUGGUGUAGUUUGUGCUGCUAAAUUCCCUUUUGAUGACAAGUGGUAUCGUGGUGUUGUAAUGGAGAAGAGAUAUGAAGAGAGAGAUGUAGAGAGAGGAGAAGGAAGAGGGUCUGUCUAUGAGUACUUGUGUUUCUUUGCUGAUUAUGGUGACUGUGAGUGGGUCAGUGAGAAAUCAGUUCAACCUAUUGACAGAACCCUAUUACAAUUGCCAUUUCAAGCCAUUUGUUGCUCUUUAAACAAUCCUGAGGGCAUAGAGUUUAAUGAAGAUGCCCAUGAGGACAUGUGGGAGCUUAUUAAUUCACAGCUCAUUAGAAUGAAGAUAGUGGACAGUGACCCUUCCUUCUGCUCUCCUCCAUUCCCUACUACAAUCAGUUAUUCUGUUGAUUUAAAAACUGAUGAUGGAUCCACUGUAGCUUCAUUGCUACUGACAGAUCAGGAUGCUUCUUGUCAACCUCAUGAGCUUCCUGGAUCAGAACUGUCCAUUUUCUUGAACCUCCUUCUCUUUAAUGAAGGAGAACUAGUUUCCUCUUUCCUUCCAUUUGUCAUUUCCAAGCGAGCACAAAUAGAAUUGACUGGUGACAAUUGUGAGAUGUUGGCCAAAUGUGUGAAUGAGAUAAACUCGUCUGAAGUUAUAAAUGGAUUAUCUCUCAUUGCCUCUUCAAAUCAUAAUUCUGCAGUGGUGAUGGCCGAUGAUUGCGAUCUUUGUGAAGCACUGCUGAACAGAUUAAAAAGAUCUUCAAAGACUCAAAUCCCAUCUCUUAAACUUCUCUUCACUCUAUUCUUGUCCUCUAGAUUUAUUUCUCUUUCUUAUGGAGAGCUUCAGGCUGCACUGUGUCACUUAGCUUUCACUGAAAGGAAUGGUCCAAUAUUUUCUCUUUGUUCAGACUUUCUUGCUUGCCUCAAUACGGCAAAGAAAAUUGUGAUGACUGAAGGUCAGGUUGGUAGGUUUUGUAUCCCUGACAAAGAGAGAAAGCCUGCCCAUGAACCACUGAGACUAGUGUGCUCUCUCCUCCACACUGAUGAAGGAUGUAGUACCAUAUCUCAAUAUAUACCUCAUGUACUUCAUUGCUUCAAAGACUAUUCUGAACAAUUGCAGGAGUCACUCCUUUUAUCUCUGUUAGCUUCAAGUCUCUUUUAUCCUGUGCUCUUAACACAUCACAUCUCCGCCCUAGUAUCAUCACUAAAGCUAUCCGUCCUCUCAACUUUAAGUCAACUUUUAUCAUUUAAAGAUAUUGCAGAAUCACUUGGUCUAAUGAUUGAGGCUCCUCUUCCAAUGAAUGGGAAGUGUUUCUUGAGUAGUGAUUAUGAGGAAGAAGAGCCCAAAGCUGUUUCAGUCUCACGUAACAUUGUUAAAGAAUCUCCUACUAACAUUAUAGAAAAUUUAGUGCCAAGAGUUUUAUGGAGUCAAAACAGAUCCCAGGUCAUACUUAAUGUCCCACUGAGAGGUUGCAGUAAGCAUCAUGUGGAUAUGAAGGAGCAAACCUCUUACAUUACCGCAAGCUGCAAUGUGGAAGAUAAACAAUACAAGUUUAGUUUGGAGCUAUUUGACAACAUAGACCAGGUUCAUUCUAAACAAGAUGGCUCUGGUGUUAUUAUUAAGCUUACAAAGUCUCGGUUGUGUUAUUGGCCUCGCUUAACAUCAUGUAAAGUUCGACCAUCUUUUGUCGGGGUGGACCACGACAGGUGGAAAGACAGUAGCAGCAGUGAUGAGGAAGAGAUGAGAACAAAGCAGAAAAGCACAUCUUUAUUGAGGGAUGCAGAUGUUGCUUACGACUCGUCUGAAUGCAACAGUGAAAGUGGUGAUCAAGGUGAAGGAAGCGAUAGUGAGCCUGAGUUUGAAGAUGAUGACGAAUUACUUGAUUUCCUUCCAAGUUGACCGCAACUAUAGAUAGACACACUUCAUUGAGUUACUUAUAAAUGGUGGAGGGUGGCUAAAAUGACUGCCUUGCAAGUCUUGGAGUGCUAGUGAGAAUUCUUGCAUUGAGUUAUCUUCAUUUUCUCCUGAA